UUGAAACAGUAAGCAAAGCAACUCACACAUCCAUUCUUGCUUUAAUUCUGUGUUUUCAUUGUUUUUGGAAAGUAUACAUUGAUAAUGUUUCAGCAAAUGCUAGUAUAUUCUUGAUACUUGAUAGUUGAGUCGAUACUGUUUUGACAAACUCUAGAAUAAAAGAUCUCUAGAGAUGUGAAUGACAAAGUAGGUGGUGACUUGUUUUUUGUUUUUUUGUUGCACUGAGAUUUAUAGAAGGUGUUUUAGUUGAAACAUGAAAGUAACUAAAAUGGGUUGCCUCAAAUUCAGGUAACUUAUUUGGACCUGUGUUUUUUCUAGGCUUCACUAUCUUGUUUUGAUUGUUUCUUUUCUUUUUCUUGGGUUUGUUAGAUGGUGGGAAAAGUUUUUUCUAGGCUUCACUGUCUGAUUAGGUUCACUUUCUUUUUUUUGUCUAUGGAUCAAAGGGUUGGUUGAAGCGGUAGAAAGAAACGAUUUUGUAUCAUAUUUUUAGUCUUUUGUCUCCUUCUGGUUGAUGGGGUUAAAUAGAGAAGCGUCCAGAACUGGAAAGGUUUAAUAGGGUCUACAGGUAUAUAUUUCUAGCACGCAGUUUCAGUAUAUUCUUAGAUCCUCACAAAAUGGAAACUCAAAUCCUUUUGUCUAACAAUUUUUAUUUCAUUCAUCCUUAGCUCCUUCACUUUGCUCAUGCAUCUGGGUUAUUUUUUUAUCUCAGAUUAUAGUAAACUCUUUUAUUUACUUUUUGUUGAGUAUAGGGAUAUUUCCAAUCAAAGUCAAUUCAUACACACUGAAACCAUCAUAUGUUUCACUGAAUCCAACCUAUAUGAGAAUAGAAGUGAAGUAGUUGAAGAAUUGUAGUUUAUGUGAUUCUAGAGGGUUAGGAAAGUCUGAAGUUUUAUUUUUACAAGGCAAAAGUGAAUCAUGAAGGAGAUGUCUCCACCCAUUUCCUUUCCAUUUAGGCUAGAUAAUAUGAUCUGUAAUGAUUCAUUGAUAACAACCCACAAGGAAAUCAAUGGGCUCAAGUUUCUUGCGAACACAACCUUCUUGUUGUCAAAACCCACAACAAAGCCAAAUCCAUCUUAUGAGUCAAUUUCAGGUGGAAAAGAAGGUUGUGGUAGUAAUAUUCCACAAAGUAGAAUUAGUAUAGUAUCACAAUCUGCAGAAGUAGAGAACAGGGAAGCAGGAGGAACCACUGUGUCAAAUUUCGUUACUAAAAAUGGAGGUGAUAAGAUUGAUUGGAGAAGCCAGGAAGAUGUGCUCAUGUCAUUAGAUGGGAAUAGUUCUGAGAUAAGUACAACUGUGAUGAAUUUUGAGAUUGUUGACAAGUCCAAACUGAAAGAAUCAAAUGUUGAGUUGGAGCAUGCACAAGAUCCUUUUGCAAUGGUGUUGGAUCUUGAGAGUACGGAAGGCAGUGGAUGUAAUGGAUCUGAUCCAAAAUUAUUUACUGACCCUUCUGAGCCUGGGGUGCUGCAGGAAAAGAAGAUAUGUAGAACAAGUAGCAAAAAUAUAUUUGAACUGGAUUCUCAUCCCCUUUGGGGUUUCACAUCCAUGUGUGGAAUGAGGCCACAGAUGGAAGAUGAUGUUGCGGUUGUACCCCGAUUCUUGCAUAUUCCUGCUAGAAUGCUGUUGGAGGAACAUGUUCCUAAUGGCGUGAAUCAUCAUUCAAGUCCUUUAACCGCCCAUUUCUUUGGUGUCUAUGAUGGUCAUGGCGGCUGUCAGGUUGCAAAUUAUUGCCACGAACGUCUUCAUUUGGCUUUGACUGAGGAGAUAGAAAUUUCCAAAGCGAGCUUGUCCGAUGGAUGUACUGGGAUUAGUUGUCAGGAGCUGUGGAAGAAAGCCUUCGUCAAUUGUUUUGUCAAAGUUGAUGAAGAGAUUGGGGGAGUUCACCGUGGCAACAGUGGAAGCAACUCUGAGACUAAUCAAAUACCUAUUGCCCCUGAAACUGUUGGUUCUACUGCUGUGGUUGCCAUUUUGUGUUCAACCCACCUAAUAGUUGCAAAUUGUGGGGAUUCAAGAGCAGUUUUGUCCCGUGGAAAAGUGGUUAUUCCAUUGUCAGUAGAUCACAAACCAAAUAGAGAUGAUGAACUUGCAAGGAUAGAAGCUGCAGGAGGCAAGAUCAUAGAAUGGAAAGGGUCCCGUGUUUUUGGUGUUCUUGCAAUGUCCAGGUCCAUUGGUGAUAAUUACAUGAAACCAUGGGUCAUUCCAGAUCCAGAAGUGAUGUUUGUUCCCCGGUCGAAGGAAGAUGAAUGCCUGGUUUUGGCCAGUGAUGGUUUAUGGGAUGUCAUGACAAACGAGGAGGUUUGUGAUAUUGCAAGAAAGCGGAUCCUUGUGUGGCACAAAAAGCAUGGUAAUACCCUACCCGCAGAAAGGAAUGAUGGCGUUGAUCCUGCAGCUCAAGCUGCUGCAGAAUACCUCUCAAGGCUUGCUCUCCAAAAGGGAAGUAAAGACAACAUCACUGUCAUAGUGGUAGACUUGAAAGCUAAAAGGAAGUUUAAGAGAAAACUCUAGUAGGAGGUUCACCCAUCUACUGGAGUAUUUGAGAUAUGAGAUAAUAGAUCAGUAAUAUGGUCCAGCCCUUCAAUUUUUACAUGGGCUGAUUGUGAUACGAUAGAGUUUUGUAUGCUGAAAGUUGCAAUACAGACUCAGAGUACAUUUUAAUUAGAUUUGUCAUGCACCACCUUCCUGAGUUGGUUUAGGUACUAAGUUAAUAGCGAGUAUUUGCAGUUUUUAUUGUCAUCUUGAUAUGAAUAUAUACUCGUACAGCACAUUGUUGUCCAGGCAGGGACUUAA